GGUUACCAAGGAACGCGCGUCGCGUCGGAGGAAAGCUGCGGCUGGUGGGUUGUCCCAAUUGGACUUAACAAAUCUGUAUGUCAUAAGGCCCGAGGGCACCCGAGGGGACUAUCAUUUGGCUCAGCUGUAUGUUGGGCCUUAUGGAAAGGUGAGGGAGCCGAGGCCGACGGACCAUGUUCUGAAUCCUCCUCCUGGGUACUUCGGGGUUUAUCCGAUGGGGUUCUCUCAAGGAUUACGAUUUCCGCUGCCCCCUUUUGUGAUUGAGUAUCUGAAUAUGGUGGAUCUUCCCCCAGCGCUGUUGACCCCGAAUAGUUUCUCACUGAUCGUCGGGUUCCUCAUCCGAUGCGACGAGCUGGGUUUUGAGCCCACGACGGCGCUUUUCACAAAUUUGUUCCGGAUCGGCCGAGGGAGCCAUAAGAAUUGCGCUGGUUAUGCUACGCUUCAGCAACUCCCGGAGAAAAAAUCUUUCAAAGACCUCCCUUCGUCUAUCCAUGGGUGGAAGGCGAAGUUUGUAUUCGUGAAGUUGGCCGAUGGGGUUUUCUUUCCUUCGCAAGGGCAUAACGGUAAUUUUAGCCUGCAUAAUCCGCCACGAAGCGCUGAGCUCGAUGCCCAAGUUGAGGCAUUCCUAAAAGGUGGGCCGAGGAGUGUGAACACGUACAUUACUGAGUUCAAGAUUGCGGCUCUCGGGAUGAUGCGGUAUUACAUUCCUGGCGACCCGGAUUGUGGAUUGUGGCCUAGGAUUUCUGGCUCUUUUGAACAGGCCGAUGGGCCACUUCUUGGGAUUCCGGCCGAGGCCGAAGGUUACGAGAUGAGUCGCAAGAUGUUCAUGGCUCAGGCCAAGAAGCAGGUUGCAAAGGAGCUGGAGGCUGCCCAGCGAGCCGAGGCGUCCAAGGGUUCUGGCGACGGCUCUAAGGGUAUUGCUGAUGCGGCAAAAAAGCCUGUGGUGAAGAGGAAGAAGGCUGCCGAGGGG